CCGCGACCACGACGCGUCGAGCAUGGAGGCCUUUGCCUCACCCAACUCGUCGACGGCGGCGGCCGUGACAUUCAUCACAUUCGUGCAGGACCUCAAGAAGAAGACCAAGGCAUGGGGACCCAUGAUCGAGCUCUGCGCGAACGGCGAGAAGACGCUGGAGCGCUUCAGAUACCAAUUCCCGGACGAUUGGCUGUACAGUGACCAGCUGCGCGGCGAGUGGAGCGCGUACAAUGAGAUUCUCAAGCGGAAGAACGACUCCAUCCAGGAGCAGCUCGCCGGCCUGCAGCUCAAGAUCGUCGCGGAGGACAAGAUUGUGGACAACAAGAUUAACGACAUCAUCGCCGAGUGGGAGACGACGCGCCCGGUGCAGGGCAACAUGGCCGCGGACACGGCCAUGAACACGAUCAACAUCUUCGAGAAGAAGCUGAACCGCGUCCAGGAGGACUACGAUCUCGUCUGCCGCGCCAAGGAGGCUCUCGACCUCGAGCUGACCCGCCACACGCGCCUCGACCCAGUCUUCGAGGAGCUUCGCGACCUGAAGGCCGUCUGGACGGCGCUCACGGGUAUUUGGAGCGCGAUUGGCGAGCUCAGGGAGUUAUCGUGGGCAACUGUCCAGCCACGCAAGCUUCGGCAACAGAUCGACCAGCUCCUGGCGAGCACGAAGGAAAUGCCGACGCGCAUGAGGCAGUAUGCAGCGUUUGAGUAUGUGCAGGAGGUGUUGCGAGGCUUGCUCAAGAGCAACAUCAUCGUCGGCGAAUUGAAGAGUGAAGCGCUGAAGGACCGGCAUUGGAAACAGCUGUUCAAGACGCUCAAAAUGCCGUCGUCCAUCAGUUUGACGCUGCUUACGUUGGGCAACGUCUACGACAUGGACCUGAAGCGCAAUGAGGCGCUCAUUAAGGAGGUUAUCGUGCAAGCGCAAGGAGAGAUGGCGCUCGAGGAGUACAUUAAGCAGGUUAAGGAGAUCUGGAGCAACUAUACCCUGGACCUCGUCAACUACCAGAACAAGUGCCGCCUCAUCCGUGGUUGGGACGACCUCUUCAACAAGUGCAGCGAGAAUCUGAACUCGCUCACUGCGAUGAAGAUGUCUCCGUACUACAAAGUAUUCGAGGAGGAGGCCGGAUCUUGGGAAGAGAAGCUGAACCGCAUCCAUGUUCUCUUCGAUGUUUGGAUUGACGUGCAGCGCCAGUGGGUGUACCUCGAGGGCAUCUUUUCCGGCAGCGCCGACAUCAAGCACCUUCUCCCCGUCGAGAGUGCCCGCUUCCAGAACAUCAACGCGGAGUUCCUUGCUGCGAUGAAGAAGGUGUACAAGUCACCGUUCGUCCUCGAUGUCAUGAAUAUUCCUGGCAUUCAGAAGAGCCUUGAGCGUCUGGCGGAGAUGCUCAACAAGAUCCAGAAGGCGCUUGGUGAAUACCUUGAACGCGAGCGUUCCUCCUUCCCUCGCUUCUACUUCGUCGGUGACGAAGACUUGCUCGAGAUCAUCGGUAACAGCAAGGAUAUCCUGCGCAUCAUGAAGCAUCUUAAAAAGAUGUUUGCGGGUAUCUCGACGGUCAUGUUGGACGAGGAGCUCACGGAGAUCCGCGGUAUGGCGUCACGCGAGGGCGAAGAGGUGUACUUCACGGAACCAAUCUUGCUCAAGGAGUACCCGAAGAUCAACGACUGGCUAGCGCGCAUCGAAACGAUGAUGCGACUAUCACUUGCAAACUUGCUCUCGGAUGCGGUUACCGAAUUGCAGACCUUCUACGGCACUGGCGAGAAGGUCGCCGUCGACCAGCUCAUGGAAUGGAUGACAAAGUAUCCAGCGCAACUCGUCACGCUCGCUAUCCAAGUCGCCUGGACAACAUCCGUCGAACAAUGCCUGGAAUCGCAGCAACUGCCGGAAGCCCCUCUGGAGACCGUACACGAGGCUUUGGACCUCCUCGCCGACAUCGUUUUGCAGGAGCUCCCUCCUGUCACGCGUCGGAAGUGCGAGCACCUCAUCACGGAGCUGGUGCAUCAGCGCGAUGUUACGCGCACGCUCAUCGGCCAGCGCGUCACGGACAACAAGAACUUUACCUGGCUGUAUCAGAUGCGCUUCUAUCUCGACAAGGGGGCGGACGAUCCCCUCCAGAGGUUGCGGAUCUGCGUCGCGGAUGCGCAGUUCCCGUACGGCUGGGAGUACUUGGGUGUGCCAGAUCGCCUGGUCCAGACGCCAUUGACGGACCGCGUAUACUUGACCUUGACGCAGGCGUUGGAUAACCAAUUGGGAGGCUCGCCGUUCGGUCCUGCUGGCACAGGCAAGACCGAGUCCGUGAAGGCUCUCGGAGUGCAGCUCGGUCGCUUUGUCCUCGUCUUCUGCUGUGACGAGACGUUCGAUUUCCAAGCCAUGGGCCGCAUCUUCGUCGGGCUGUGCCAAGUCGGCGCCUGGGGCUGCUUCGACGAAUUCAACCGUCUCGAAGAGCGUAUCCUUAGUGCCGUCUCGCAGCAGGUUCAGACAAUUCAGCAGGGUCUUGCCUUGCUUGUCAAGAACCCGAACACGGAGAUCGAGCUGGUCGGCAAGAACCUGAAGCUCGACCGGAACGUCGGCAUCUUCAUCACGACCAACCCGAACUACGCGGGUCGUUCGCAGCUGCCACCGAACUUGACAAAGCUCUUCCGACCGAUGGCCAUGACCCGUCCCGAUCGCGAGCUCAUUGCCCAGGUCAUGUUGUUCUCGCAGGGUUUCCGUACCGCCGAGUCGCUUGCAUCCAAGAUCGUUCCCUUCUUCAACUUAUGCGACGAGCAACUAUCGCCACAGCCUCAUUAUGAUUUCGGUCUUCGUGCGCUCAAGGCUGUCCUGGCUAGUGCAGGUAUCCUCAAGCGUGAACGCAUGCAGCAGGCGCGCGAGGAUCAAGAUAGCGUCGGAGGCCUUUCGGACGCGGUCUCGGAGCAGAUCAUCGUCAUCCAGAGUGUCACGGAGACGAUCGUUCCCAAGUUGGUGGCGGACGACGUGCCGCUGCUCACUAGCUUGCUUGCGGACGUGUUCCCUGGUGUCGACUACAUGCCUGUCAACCUUGAUGCCCUGCGCGAGGAAAUCCUCAAGGUCUGCGCUGAAUGGCGCCUCGUCGACGGCGAGAUCUGGAUCGCCAAGAUCCUGCAGCUGUACCAGAUCCAGAAGAUCCAGCACGGUCUCAUGAUGGUCGGACCCUCUGGUAGCGGCAAGACGAACGCAUGGCGAGUCCUUCUCAAAGCGCUCGAGCGCCUCGACGGCGUCGAAGGCGUUUCGUAUGUUAUCGACCCCAAGGCUAUCCACAAGGAUGCGUUAUACGGUACUUUGGAUCAGACGACGCGCGAGUGGAACGACGGUCUCUUCACGCAUGUGCUCCGCAAGAUCGUUGACGACGUUCGUGGCGAGAGCGGCAAGAGGCACUGGAUCAUCUUCGAUGGUGAUGUCGAUCCGGAGUGGGUUGAGAACCUGAACAGUGUGCUCGACGACAACAAGUUGCUCACCCUUCCCAACGGCGAGCGUCUUAACCUUCCGUCGAACGUACGCAUUAUGUUCGAGGUCGAGCACCUGAAGUACGCAACGCUUGCUACAGUCAGUCGCUGCGGUAUGAUCUGGUUCAGCGAGGACGUCGUGGAGCCGCCUAUGGUCUACCGAAACUAUCUAACCACCCUUCGCUCCGUGGCUCUCGACGCAGACGAUGAGGACGUCACCGAUGUCCUGGCCGCUCGCGCUGAUGUUACACCAACCGACACGAUCACCGCCAACCUGGCGACGCAGCAACAGAUGGCAGAUAUGCUGGAAAAGUUCUUCGAGGACGGGGACGUCGUCAGCUCUGCGCUCAAGUUCGCCGAGUCGAUCGAGCACAUCAUGGACUUCACGAAGACUCGAGCGCUCAAUACCCUGUUCUCAUUGAUCAACAAGACUGCCCGCAAUGUCAUCGAGUACAACCUGCAGCACCCCGACUUCCCGCUGUCCUCCGAGCGAGUUGAGCAGUACGUGACCAAGCGACUGCUCCUCAGCAUCAUCUGGGCGUUCUCUGGAGAUGCGAAACUCGACCUGCGCGCGGAGAUGGGCGAAUUCUUGCGCAAGCAGACUGGUGUCGACCUUCCGCCCAUGACACCCGGUAGCUCUCUGCUCGACUACGACGUGCAGGUCGCAAACGGCGAAUGGAUUCAAUGGCAAUCUAAGGUCCCCGUCAUCGAAAUCGAGGCGCAGGCAGUCACUGCAUCUGAUGUCGUCGUGCCGACCAUGGAUACCGUUCGUCACGAGGAGGUCUUGUACUCGUGGCUCUCAGAGCACAAGCCGCUGAUGUUGUGCGGUCCCCCGGGUUCAGGAAAGACGAUGACCUUGUUCAGUGCGCUGCGCAAGCUGCCGGACAUGGAGGUCGUCGGCCUUAACUUCUCCAGUGCGACUACACCCGAGCUCAUUCUCAAGACCUUCGAGCAGUACUGCGAGUAUCGGAAGACGCCGAAGGGCAUUAUCCUCGCCCCGGUUCAAAUUGGCCGUUGGCUCGUCGUGUUCUGCGACGAGAUCAACCUUCCAGCUGCGGACAAGUACGGCACCCAGCGCGUCAUAUCCUUCCUCCGUCAACUCGUCGAACACGGUGGCUAUUGGCGCACGUCAGACAUGGCAUGGGUUAAGCUUGAGCGUAUCCAGUUUGUCGGCGCUUGCAACCCUCCCACCGAUCCCGGUCGUGUACCUCUCAGCCAUCGCUUCCUGCGUCACGCGCCACUUGUCAUGGUCGAUUACCCCGGCGAGGUCUCGCUCAAGCAAAUUUACGGAACGUACAACAGGGCCGCUCUCAAGGUCGUUCCCAACCUACGGACGUACGCGGAACCCCUCACCGAUGCGAUGGUUGCUUUCUAUCUGGCCUCGCAGAAGCGCUUUACGACAGAUAUCCAGGCGCACUACGUGUACAGUCCUCGUGAACUGACGCGUUGGGUGCGUGGUAUCUAUGAGGCCAUCAGGCCGAUGGAAGUGCUGUCUGUGGAGGGUCUUGUACGCGUCUGGGCUCACGAAGCCCUUCGCUUGUUCCAAGAUCGUCUUGUGUCAGAAGAUGAGAGGCAAUGGACCGACGAGCAUAUCGACAACGCGGCCAUGGAGUACUUCCCGACUAUCAACCGCGACGAGGCGUUGGGACGUCCUAUCCUCUUCUCGAAUUGGACGUCCAAAAACUACAUCCCUGUCGACCGCGAGACCCUCCGCGAGUACACGAAGGCCCGCCUUCGCGUCUUCUAUGAGGAAGAGCUGGAUGUCCCUCUUGUCUUGUUUAAUGAUGUCCUCGACCACGUCCUUCGUAUCGACCGUGUAUUCCGGCAGAUUCAAGGUCACUUGCUAUUGAUCGGUGUCAGCGGGAGUGGAAAGACAACGCUAUCUCGUUUCGUCGCCUGGAUGAAUGGCUUAAGCAUUUUCCAAAUCAAGGUCUCGAACAAGUAUACUGGUGACGACUUCGACGAGGAUCUGCGUACUGUGCUUCGCAGAGCAGGAUGCAAAGGCGAGAAGAUCUGCUUCAUCAUGGAUGAAUCCAACGUCCUCGACUCCGGUUUCCUGGAGCGCAUGAACACUCUGCUUGCCAAUGCCGAAGUUCCCGGUCUGUUCGAGGGUGACGAGCAUGCAUCUCUCAUGACGGCUUGUAAGGAGGGCUCGCAACGCGAUGGGCUUAUGCUCGACUCCCACGAAGAGCUCUAUCGAUGGUUCACCCAGCAAGUAGCCAAGAACCUGCACGUCGUCUUCACCAUGAACCCUCCGGAGAAUGGUCUCGCUUCUCGUGCUGCUACAUCUCCGGCCUUGUUCAACCGUUGCGUGCUCGACUGGUUCGGAGACUGGUCCGACCAGGCAUUCUACCAGGUUGGCAUGGAGUUCACACACGCCCUCGACCUGGAUCUGCCAUCGUACAGCCCUCCGGCUAUCUUCCCUAUCGCAUAUCGCAGCUUGGAGACGCCUCCUGUGCACAGAACGGCGGUCGUCAACGCUUUGGUGCACGUCCAUCUGAGCCUUCAUGCUAUCAACCAGCGUCUCAGCAGACGACAAGGUCGUUACAACUAUGUGACUCCGCGUCAUUACCUCGACUUCAUCAAUCACUAUGUUCGCCUGUACUCCGAGAAGCGCGACGAGCUAGAGGAGCAACAACGCCAUCUCCACGUUGGGCUCGACAAGCUACGCGAUACUGUGACGCAGGUCGAGGAACUGCGCAAGAGCCUCGCUAUCAAGCGGACGCAGUUGGAAGCGAAGGACGCAGAGGCGAACGAGAAGUUGAAGCGUAUGGUAUCGGACCAGCAGGAGGCCGAGCAGAAGAAGGCGGCUUCUAUCGAGCUGCAAGCUGCACUCGUCGAGCAAGACAAGCACAUCGAACAGCGUCGGGCUGUUGUCAUGGCCGAUCUCGCCGACGCAGAGCCAGCUGUGCUCGACGCCCAGUCAGCUGUCAGCAACAUCAAGAGGCAGCACCUGCAGGAAGUGCGUACCAUGGCCAACCCUCCCGAGGCCGUGAAGCUUGCAAUGGAGUCCGUUUGCACGAUUCUGGGCCACAAGAUCGACAGUUGGCGCACUGUGCAGGGUAUCAUCCGUCGCGAUGACUUCAUUCAGCGCAUCGUCAACUUCGACACGACCACACAGAUGACCAAGCACCUUCGCGACAUCAUGAAGCGUGACUUCUUGAGUCGUCCGUCCUACAACUUUGAGACCGUGCAGCGCGCCAGUAGGGCUUGCGGACCGCUGGUCAAGUGGGCUAUCGCGCAAGUUAGGUUCUCAGAGAUCCUCGACAAAGUCGAGCCUUUGCGUAACGAGGUCCAAUCCCUCGAGGAACAGGCCGAGGCGACCAAGCAGCAGGCACAGGUUGCUAUCAACCUGAUCGCGGAGCUGGAGGGGAAGAUUGCCAAGUACAAGGAGGAAUACGCACUUCUCAUCAGCGAGACGCAGGCCAUCAAGUCCGAGAUGGAGCGCGUACAGAGCAAGGUCGACCGCAGCAUGAAGCUCCUCGAGAGUUUGUCGUCCGAGCGCGGUCGUUGGGAGUCUGGCAGCCGCACCUUUGACGCCGAGAUGAGCACAAUAGUUGGCGAUGUACUCCUAUCCGCCGCCUUCUUGGCAUACGGUGGCUUCUUCGACCAGCACUACCGAGAAGUUAUGUGGCAAGGAUGGUCGAACCAUCUGUCCGAGGCCAACAUCAAGUUCAAGCCGGAAUUGUCUUUCACCGAGUACUUGUCCACCGCCGACGAUCGCCUCAGCUGGCAGGAGAAGUCGCUUCCGUCGGAUACGCUUACCACGGAGAACGCCAUCAUGCUCAAGCGCUUCAACCGCUAUCCUCUAAUGAUCGACCCUACCGGUCAGGCCACGACAUUCCUGAUGAAUGAAUACAAGGACCGGAAGAUUACCGUGACCAGUUUCUUGGAUGAGGCCUUCCUCAAGGUCCUCGAAAGUGCUCUGCGUUUCGGCAACCCACUCCUCAUCCAGGAUGUCGAACACCUCGAUCCAAUCCUUAACGCCGUCCUGAACAAGGAAUUGCGCAGGACAGGUGGACGAGUCCUUAUUCGUCUGGGCAGCCAAGACAUCGACUUCUCGCCGGCCUUCACCAUGUUCUUGUCAACGCGCGAUCCAUCCGUCGAGUUUUCUCCGGACAUUUGCAGUCGUGUCACGUUCGUCAACUUCACCAUGACUCGCAGCAGUCUGCAGAGCCAGUCCUUGGAUCAGGUCCUCAAGGUCGAACGUCCUGAUACUGAGCGCAAGCGGACAGAUCUCAUGAAGGUGCAAGGCGAGUUCCGUCUGCGCCUGCGGACGCUCGAGAAGCUCCUUCUCCAAGCGCUCAACGAAUCUACUGGGAACAUCCUCGACGACGAUAAAGUCAUCGACACUCUCGAGACGCUCAAACGCGAAGCGGCCGAUAUUACGCGCAAGGUGGAAGAGACGGACGUCGUCAUGAAAGAGGUGGAGGAGGUGACGGUCGAGUAUCUUCCGCUCGCGCAGGCCUGCAGUGCCGUCUUCUUCGUUCUGGAGCAGCUCAACCUCGUCAAUCACUUCUACCAAUUCUCCCUUCGGUUCUUCCUCGACAUCUUCGACUACAUUCUCCACCACAACCCGCAUCUGAAAGGCGUCACCGACUAUGCCCAGCGCCGCGAAAUCCUGAUGAACGACCUGUUCCUCAUCGUGUACAAGCGGACGUCCCGGGCGCUGCUGUACCGCGACCAGAUCAUGUUGGCAGUAUUGCUGGCCCAGGUGAAGCUGCGCGGCGUUGAGGAGAUCGCCGACGAGGCCGAGUUCUUGUUGGAGAGUGGAGAGGGGGUGGCCGCAGCUGUUUCUACAGAGUCGAACUCCAUCCUGUCGACUGAUCAACAGCAGCGACUGGAGGCUUACGCCAAGAGCUCCAUCUUCAAGCCCGUGCAGAACCACUUCAUCGAGAACGAGAACCAGUGGGCUGCCUUCUUGAACGCGCCUGCACCGGAGAGCGUCGUGCCUACGCCAUGGGAGGCCAGCACUCCCGCCGUCGAGGAGCUUCGCAAGAUGCUCAUCAUCAAAUGCUUCCGUCCCGACCGCCUUCUACAAGCCACCGCUUCCUUCGUGCGCGUCGUAUUCCAAACAGACCUUAGCGAAGUCGCUCGUUACGAUCUUGGUGACGUUGUUGCGGAUGAAGUGCCGGCUUCGACGCCGUUGGGCCUUGUGUCUGUACCCGGAUACGACGCCAGCUACAGAGUCGAGAACCUGAUCAAGAACACCGGCACUCGCUCCUCAUCCGUCGCAAUGGGCUCCCAGGAAGGUUUCUCCCUUGCCGAUCAAGCCAUUGCUGCGGCGUCUCGCCAAGGUACAUGGGUCCUGCUCAAGAACGUCCAUCUCGCGCCGUCAUGGCUGGGACAGUUAGAGAAGAAGUUGCAGACGCUGAACCCGCACCGCAAUUUCCGUCUCUUCCUCACCAUGGAAGCGAACCCCUCUAUUCCGACGAACAUCCUGCGUCAGUCGAGGCUCAUCAUGAACGAGCCGCCCCCGGGUAUCAAGGCCAACUUACUCGACUCCUUGCGGUCCAUUGCCCCGACGCGUCUAUCCCAGGGUCCCGCAGAGAAGAUUCGCCUCUACUUCUUGCUGGCCUGGUUCCAUGCCAUCGUCCAGGAGCGUCUGCGCUAUGUUCCCCUCGGAUGGAGCAAGACGUACGACUUCAACGACUCCGAUAUGGCCGCCGCGUUCGGCACGAUCGACGCUUGGCUGGUCGCUGCGUCGAAGGGCAAGGCCAACGUCGACCCCGCAACCAUCCCGUGGGACGCACUCCGCACUCUUGUCAAGGAAUCGGUGUAUGGUGGUCGUGUCGACAGCGAUUUCGACCAGCGCAUCGUGAAUUCGUUCGUCGACGGCCUGUUCACUCCCGCGGCGUACAACAUCGACUUCGAGCUGGUCCCAAGCACGGGCAACGAUCAGCCUUUGGGUGUGCCGGAGGGGACGAAAAUGGAGCACUUCUUGACUUGGGUGCAAGGCCUUCCUGACCGGGAGCCGCCAUCGUGGCUGAGCUUGCCUCCCACUGCCGAACGUGUUAUUGCGAUCGCUCAGGGUGAUGAGUUACUGGGCAAGCUUCGCAAGAUGCGCAUGCUGGCGGAUGAUGACGAUGAUGUUGCUGCUUCGUCGUCUAAGGUGCAGACGUCUGCGCAGCCAGCAUGGAUGCGGACACUACUCGAUCGCUGCCGCGAAUGGCUUGGCCAUCUUCCCGAGAAAUUCAACGUCUUGGAGAGGCCUACUGGUGACAACCAGGAUCCGCUGCACCGUCUCUUCAGUCGCGAGGGCAAUAUCGGCCGCAACCUGCUCACGCAAGUGCGCAGGGACCUGUCGGACGUCGUCAAGGUUUGCCUCGGCGAGCUUAAGCAGACCAACCACUUGCGUACCCUGAUGAGCGCUUUGACCAAGGGUACUAUCCCCGACCAUUGGCGCCGCUACAAGGUUCACCACACCAUGGCCGUGUCCGGGUGGAUCGCCGACUUCAGCCGGCGCCUCGCGCAGCUCGACCACAUCGCGGGUCUGGACAACUUGACCAACGUCGAAGUUUGGCUCGGUGGGCUGUUCUUCCCCGAGGCCUACAUCACGGCGACCCGGCAGGCUGUUGCGCAUCGCAAGAAGUGGAGUCUGGAGACGCUGAACCUGCGGCUGGACAUCGAGCGGGUGAACGACCCGAGCGCGUUCGUUGUCGAUGGCCUCGUCCUCGAGGGCGCGUCCUGGAGCACGGACAAGCUGGUGCUCAAUGAUGGCCAGUCCGUCCGCCUCAAUCCGUCGCAGAUCCGCUGGGUGCAAACCGACGAGGCGUCGAGCGAGAACCUGGUCAACUUGCCGGUGUACCUCAACAACGACAGGCGAGACGUGCUCUUCACGGUCGACUUGCCGUUCGACGAGAGCGCCGGCGCACUGGUCGCGAUGCGUGCUGUGUGCUUGACGGCUGGCGCAUAAAGUGGUCCUUGACGCAUGGAGAUGAUUUGGCAUAGACGUGGAUAAUUACUGUAUCGGUUAGAAGAUUCGGAUACUGCUUUGUUGGAGAUGCUCUCGUUGACCGUGUUUGUAUACCCUAUGAUGAUGUCUCACGCGCUUUACUUACGACUACCUACGCAUGAUAAUGAUUACUUGCAUCUGUUCUCGUUGAAUUGUGCGAACGUAAAUGAUAUCGAUGUCGACUUCAG